AUGCCUCCAAAAGACACAGACGCCAUAAAGACACUCGAGUCUCUCGUUCAAACAGCCUCGACACUCCUCACACAGCUGCAAACCGUUUUAUCCGAAAUACAUAAGAAGCCCGAGUCCACACCGGGAGCAGCAUCCUCCCCUUCGCCGACGCCAGAUCCAAAAAUCAACGCGCUUUCGCUUGCCCACGAUUCCUCGUCCCUGAUCCGCGCCCACGGUACCAAGAUAUCCCUCCUCAUAAUCAACGAGCCAUUCACUCCGAGCGCCGUAUCAACCGUCGUGCGAGAGCUCGUGGCCGGCCCCAUCCCGGGGCUAGUUUCGGCCGUUCAAGCAUGCACUCCAGGACAAUACACGACCGUUGUACGCAAAGAACUAGCUUGGCGUGCGCAGCGUGUCCUCUCCGAACUACGCGAGCUACUGCAAAAGAUUCCGCAAGACGGAAAGGUCCUGUCUGAAAAUAAGCGUGAUGGAUUCGCAAAGGGCGACAAGGGCAGUCUACCUGCCACCGGUCUACUCUGGUCAGCAUGCGACAAUGUGAUCAACCUCGCGAAAAUGGGAGUGGGCGGCUUCUUUGUACAAAAAGUAGAUCAGUGGAAGGAUAUUCUCAACGACGUCAUGGAAGAGAUGAAGGAAUGGGGUGACGAAGAACCAGACGAAGACGACGACGACGACGAAGACGACGACGAAGACAACGACGAUGUUAACAAUCUAGCCGAUCAACUCGGGUCCCAAACCCUCUCCACGCAAGACAUGCUCGACUCCCUCAUGAAUUCUCACCAAACGAUCCCCCCCUCCGACCCAGACGGCAUCCGCCCCCGUCUCGAAACAUCCCUCAAGCGCCUCCGCCUCGUCACCCUCCUCUACCAAGCCCUCACCAAGCGCCGUCUCAAAAAGCUGCCAUCCUUCCCACCCACAUCCCCCGAUUCCACCGUCCCCUCACGUCUCGACGAAAUGGCCAGACUCCUCGCAAAAAUACCAGACAGCUUCAACAACCUAGCCUGCGCGUUCUACGACCUCGAGCCCUCAGAGAUCGAUAAGGCCAUGGACCAGUGCUUCUUCGACGCCUUCGCCGCGAGCGAACUAUUCGCACGGGACUGGCAGGGCAAUCGUGAUGAAUUCUCAGAAUGGACGGAUAAAUUCCAGGCCGAAAUAAAAAGGGCCUAA